AUGUCAAGUCAAAAUCCGCGCGGCUCCUCUCACACCAUGGAUGUAAGGUUUUACCCGUCUGCUGGUGGGAAUUCUAUUCCGGGGGACCCACCGAGCCUGGAUUUUGCCCACUGUUUGGGCUACUACAACUUCAAUAAGUUCCAGAACAACAACAACUACAUGAACAUGGCCGAGGCGAACGGUGCCCUGCUCGCUGCUGGUGAUACUUUCCAUACACCCAGCUUGGGAGAUGAAGAGUUUGAGAUUCCUCCCAUCACACCUCCACCUGAGACAGAGUCUGGUCUGGGUCUGUCAGAAGUGGACUCACCUUACCCAGCAAUGCCAGAGCCCCCAGUUCCGCACAGGGGUCCCUUAAUCCCUCAGUUCCCCCCUCAGAGCCUGGACCUGCCCUCUAUUACCAUCUCACGCAACAUGAUGGACCAGGAAGGGAUGUCCAUGAACAACGGGCAACCUGUGAAUGUUGGACCAGGUCAUCUUCGCCAAUACCCACCCAACCCAGCCAUGGUGAUGAAGUCCAUCAUCAGCAUGAACAGCCCCAAUGGGAUGAUAUCACGGAAUCAGCUGACCACCAUCAACCAAUCCCAAAUCAACACACAGCUGAGCCUAAACAUGGCGGGACCCAACAUCACCCAUACUUCCCCGUCACCGCCUGCCAGUAAGUCUGCCACACCGUCCCCCUCCAGCUCCAUCAACGAAGACGACCAGGAGGAAGGCAACAGGGUCAUUGGGGAAAAGCGACCAGCCCCCAUAGAUCCCACAAAGAAGCCCAAGACUCCAAAGAAGAAGAAGAAGAAGGAUCCCAAUGAGCCACAGAAGCCAGUCUCGGCUUAUGCCCUGUUCUUCAGAGACACGCAGGCCGCUAUUAAGGGUCAAAAUCCCAACGCCACCUUUGGAGAGGUGUCCAAGAUUGUGGCCUCCAUGUGGGACGGCCUGGGAGAGGAGCAAAAGCAGGUUUACAAAAGCAAAACAGAAGCUGCCAAGAAAGAAUAUUUAAAAGCCCUCGCCGCAUACCGUGCUAGCCUGGUUUCCAAGGCUGCAGCAGAAUCAGCUGAGGCUCAGACUAUUCGCUCAGUACAGCAGACUCUGGCCUCCACCAGCCUGUCCCCAGGCCUGGUGCUUCCUUCACCCCUCAACCAGCACCCCUCAAUGUCAUCAGCUUCCCAGGCCCUCCAACAAGUCCUACCACGGGCCAUUGCCCCAAAACCUUUGCAGAUGAGACUAGGGGGCAGUCAAAUCGUGACCUCGGUUACAGUCUCUCACCAAAACAUGUCCUCCGGGAUGCCACCGCAGAUGCUCGGCCAGAUGGGUGCCGGAGGGGCCAUGGUGGCGGGUGCCCAGUCCACAGCGGUUUCUCAGAUGAGCCCACCCAUGCAACCUGUGCAGCAGCAUGCGAUGCAGCAGCUCCAGCAGCAGCAGCAGCAGAUGCAGCAGCACCUCCAGAACCAUCAGAUGCAGCAGCAGCAGAUGCACCACCAGCAGAUCCAGCAGCAAAUGCAGCAUCAGCAUUUCCAACACCACCUCCAGCAACAGCUGCAGCAGCACCACAUGCAGCAGCAGCAGCAGCAGCACCAACAGCAACAGCAGCAGCAGCAACAGCAGAUGCAGCUGCAGCACAUGCAGUUGCAGCAUCAGCUUCAUCAGCAGCAGAUUCAACAUCUCCAGCAGCAACAGCAACAGCAGCAGCAACAGCAGCACCAGUCCCAGUGUUCCCCACCCCAGCACUCUCCCGGUACACCCCAUUCAGUGGGAGGCUCUGCAUCACUCGGCAGCCCCCAGCCGGCUCCACAGCAGCAACCACACCCCUCCCAAAUCCAGGCCCACGCCCAGGUCCUGUCCCAGGUCAGCAUUUACUGAGCCAAAAGGAAAUCCUAACUCAAAGAGCAGGAUAGAAUAAAAGCAUCAUUCCACGUUGCUUUUCUAAGUUGCACUUAAGAAGUGUGUAAGGUUUAGAAUGUUAUACAAAGAACUUGUCCAUUGUUAUAGACAGAUAUGCACACGCGUGUACAGGGGGUUACCAUGUUAACUGGGUUAUUUCUGUCAUAGGCUCAGGUAUGACAGAAGCCUGUUAGGGCGAGUGCCCAGUGAUUGUUUAAUUGUUCGUUUGUGAGGUCUUUCAGUUGUCAAUUUAAACUGACUGGGCACACAGUAUGUUGAGAGACGUGUGUCUUUCGCUGUUUUAUUUAACAAUAAAGCUUUAUUUAUGAGACCCGAGUUGUCAGUUCAGCGCAGCACAAGGACAUUUUGAAUGCGUUUCAACAAAAGGAUUUUGAUCAGCUCUUGCCUGGACUGAAUGACUCACCGGAUCCUUGCUGGAAACCAGUAACCCACACAUCAGUCUUUGUUCCCACACUGGUCAGUAUAUAGCGAGACUUUCUUUACUCCAACCUUUCUCUUUCACCCAUCAUUCUCGCAGAUGUAACUGUUCGACAAUGGCGUUCAGGAAAUGGUUGAUCGAAUCAUCACAUGCUGGAUGCCCAGUGAUAUUUGAACAUAUUAAAACCAUGUCACAAAGGCAGACAAUGUCUUGAAGAAUAAGGGGAGCUGAAAAUAAAAGGUCUUUGGAUGUAUCUCUGGAUGAAUGAACAGACUGAGACAGGAACUGCCAUAAAUCAUUUAUGUCAUCACAUCGUCAAACUGUAGCUGUAAUCUGCUGUACAUGUUUUGUAGAGUGGGGAGACCUCCUUUAUCCAGUAAUCGACCCUCCAGAUGAUUUGCCCAAAAGCGUGUAACUGGCAACCCCCCCGCAAAAAGUCUUCUUUAAUCUAUUUGUUCUUACUUCAGAUGUUUAACAAUUAAAUUAUGUUUUUAUUUUGUGUAACAAAGGGGAUAUUUUAUGGUAAAUACAAAUUUCCGGAUCGAGGCAGAUGGUUUGGGGAUUGAUGUAUUUUUACUCUGCUCCUUGAUACCGUCAUUGUUUUAAAAAGGAAAAAGAAAACUAGCAGAGCCAGUUUGUUGCACUGCCAAAGCCAACUGAAAAGGCAUCGGAGGUAUUUUUGCCAGCUGUACAGAAGUCCCUGAAAAAAAAAAGCAAAUGUUGUAAAUUUUUCAUAUCACCUGUUGUAAAGUUUUAAUAUGUGAGGCUUUAAUUAAAACAUUGUUAAACGACCUGUGGAUUGCUAUAUCACAUAGUGCAUUUCUGCUCUUUUAUACUUUUUUAUGAGUUACAAUAGCAGCAAUUAAUUUUGUUUGUAUUUUGCUUACA